AUACUAGGGAAAUUCGCCUGUCUUGUUACGCUUAUAGCGCGCUUGGCUGUAAACUCUUUUUCUACGAUUAAGCGCGUGUUCCAUAUUUCAAGUGAUAGCGACAUGCGAUGGGUUGGCUUUUGGAAUACAGGAGGACGAAUUGUGGGAAAGGUUCUUUAUGCGUUGUUAGUACUUACUAGAGCCAACAACCAUCACAUGCACCUUGUGAAUUGUUCCGUUUCAUCCGGUCCCCCACAUGAAACCCUUGUCAAUCCAUUUAUAUACAACCAACAACCAACAACCAACGACUAGAGCCAACAACCAGCACGAUCAAGUUUUUCAAUCCUUCGAAAAGCCAAAAUUGCAGGUCAAAGCAACGAAAACGAGAGAGCCUUGGAAAACGAGCAACGAGCGACAGCAGAGUGCUCCCAAAUAUAAAAAGACCCUCUGAUCCCUCAGUUACACAUAUUCUCUAUAACCUUCCAACCAAUACUAUGGGAGAUCUUCAGUUCUUACUCCUCAUCUUUAUUCUAGACGCCGCCGCAGUUAUCAUACGUAUAUCAUCAGGAUCAUGGUCAACCUCAGCAAAACUUGGGUUGCUUGCCUCGCAUUUGGCUUUGUUGAACCGAGUCUUGGGUUCUAUGACAAGUCAAUUCAGCGCGUAGGCUACAAUCCUCUCGUCAAGCAAUGGAACGGCGUAGACUCCAACCUCACGGCAACUUUGGACCUCGUUGAUCCCGGCUACGUCUCUGUCUUCGAGAAGCGCCGCCACAUCGACGUCACGGCGUGGGCUACGGUGGCCUUGGCUGCUGGCACUACCAUCCUGGCUGCUGAGGCGGGAAUAAAUAUCUACAAGCAGAUCGCCGACAUUAUCAAGAGCAAGUCGAACCACAAUUCUUGCUCCAUGACGACUGGCACCGACUCGAACGGUCAUAUGAUUGAGGGCUAUGCGUACCUGGCGACUACCAGUGGCCAUGAUUGCAAGACUACGGCUGAGACGAAGACUAUCCUGGCGGCGGUGAAGGACUGUGCUGAUUGGCAGCAUAAGCAUGGAGCUAUCAUGGGCUGUUGUGUGCUGUCCCAUGGUGGAACUUGGGAAGGUCAUCUGCGCCUCACCUCUCAGCCUAACAAGUACCCAGCACAUGCAGUCAACUGCGAUUAGGAAGCCAGUUGGGCUAUUGUAGCUGCGUGGGAAUAAGUGUACCUUGCGUCUUGAUGUUCUUUCUGGGUUUGGUGGAGAGUUUCUUAGGGAGGAUGCGUACGCUGGAUCAUCCGCUUACUGUUUUCUAUAGUAGUUAAUCAACUUCAACACCAUUUCCAUUCUGUAGCUAAAACAAAGCAAGUUGCUAGCAAAACCAAGUUAUCAAGGCAGAACAAUCUUUUCCAUCAAGAGCCAGUCCCCUCUUUUUCAUCUGAAAUACCUUCUUCAGGCUGUUAUGCAUCUAAUCACUUACCAUAGGAUUAAAUACCUGAAGGGCCAUAAAGCAUUCUAC